AUGGCUCCAGCACAGGCGUCUGCGCGCCCUCAAAGCCUAUCGACAUUGCUUGAGACUCUGAAUACUUGUCUGUCGACCACUGUCUCCUCUCUACCCAAGCCACACAAGGAUGCGCCUUCCGAUGUAACGAUCGAGCCCCCCCAAGACGGCAUCUCUCUUCUCGACACCAAGAGCGAAAUUCUCCUCUCCUAUUUACAAAAUCUGGUAUUCCUGAUUAUCUUCCAAUUGCGAAAUGUGUCGGCGAAACAAACCUUGAAAGAGAAGAGCCAAUCUACGGACGACUCCCUCGAAGAUGAUAUUCGCAAGAAAUUGAUUGAGCUUCGGGUAUUCCUCGAACGUGGUGUCCGUCCUUUGGAAGGAAGAUUGAAAUACCAGGUGGACAAGGUCAUUAAGGCUGCAGAGGAUGCAGAGCGGACGGAGAAGGCUCAGCCGGCCAAGACCAAGAAAAGCCGCAAAGCCGCGACAUCGGACAGCGAAGCCUCGUCGGAUGAGGACGAAGAUGCGAGCGGCAGUGAGGAUGAAGAGGACAUUGAUGAAAUGGCGUACCGACCCAAUGUUUCUGCCUUCUCCAAGGGAGUGGCCGAGCAGAAGAAGGCCCAGUCCUCCAAGGGUGCCGAAGGACCCGGAGAUGGCAUUUAUCGUCCCCCGAGGAUCAUGCCAACUUCCUUGCCUACGACCGAACGUCGUGAACGCCAGGACCGCAGACCCAUUCGAUCCAACGUUAUCGACGAAUUUGUCAGCGCUGAAAUGUCCUCCGCGCCCAUGGCCGAGCCUAGUAUCGGCAGCACAAUCAUUGAUGGUGGCCGAACAGUCAAGUCAAAGAAGGACCAAGAGCGCGAGGCGGAACGGACCACCUACGAAGAGACCAACUUUGUCCGAUUGCCGAAGGAGACUAAGAAGGAAUUGGCCAAACGGGGUCGCGGAAAGGAUACCACGUACGGUGGUGAUGAAUGGAAGGGGCUCAAUGAAGGCGCAGAUAACAUUGAACGUCUCACCCGGAGAUCCAAAAGCAACGGAGCCGCACUCGAGAAGAGUCGGAAGCGAGUCCGCAACGAGGACGGGCAGCGCGGUGAUGGUGUGGGCAUGGGUCAGAUAUUUGACAAGCGACGAAAGAAGGUUGACAGCUGGAAGCGGUAA